CCAUGAGCUCCCUCACACGAUUUGGCCAGAUUUAGCUCCUGCUUCAAGCUUCUCAUAGAGUUCGAUACAGAUAGACAAACGUGUUUUAUGACAGAAACACGGAAUAAAAACAUUAUCUCCGGCGCGCGUUGAAUAAUCUUGAGGUCGGAACCCAGGGGACAAAUCAGCGAGGCUGUUUGCGCGUUUUACGCGACGCGGGUAAACUACAACGCGUCCAUUUUCAACGAAGCUAUCAAACUUCAAGCACGUCUGUUCUGUUUGUCACUGCAAGUUCACGAAAGUCCAAACCAUGCUGUUGCAGUGUAGUAGAAGGCAAUGAUAGGCUCCUAGUGUGGUCGCGCCGCUCGUAGUGCAACAGCUGCUCUAGUGUGUUUAUGAAGAGCAAAGUAAUGGAGCGGUUUAAAGAGACGCGUCUCGUAUGUUUGCUGCUCUUUCUGACGCUCCGCGUGGAUUUGGGAUUCGAGUUCGGACAGAAUAAGGACACCGAGUUCACUUUCCUUCUACCUGCCGCAGCAACCGAGUGCUUCUUCCAAACAACCACUCAGAACGGCAGCAUGGAAGUGGAGUACCAGGUCAUUGCAGGCUCAGGGCUGGACAUCGGCUUCACGCUGAUCUCCCCGCGUGGGUACAGACUGGUCUCCGACUUCAGAAAAUCAGACGGCAUACACACGGUGGACCCCACUGAGGAGGGCGACUACAGGAUUUGCUUUGACAACAGUUUCAGCCAUAUUUCAGAGAAGAUGGUGUAUGUGGAGGUGAUCGUGGAUGGACCAGAGAAUGAGGAUGAUGAAGAUUGGGCUGCUCUGGCUGAACCAGAGGACUCGCUGGAGUACAAACUGGAGGAUAUCAGGGACACAAUGGAUGCUGUGCACAAGAACCUGGAGCGAAGCCGUCAGCUGCAGACGGCGCUGCGGGCGUUCGAGGCUCGUGACCGUUACCUGCUGGAGGAUAACCUGUGGCGGGUUUCUUUCUGGUCCAGCGUCAGUCUGCUGGUCAUGGUCAGCGUGGCCCUCACCCAAGUCUACACAUUACGCAGAUUAUUCAGUGACAAACACAGAGUUUGCACAUAGCAAAGAUGAACUGGAGAGGGAUCUGUAGGGAAGAUGCUGUAACACUUUGUGCACUGUUAACAAAACAUACAAACUAAUGGAUUCUGGAAAUGAAGACAUGCGGAAACUCUCAGGUCCAAAAAAUACCCCUCUAGUUUAUUGCAGAAUUGAAGUGUUUAGCGCUAUCAAUGAAUCUGAAAUCUUGGAGCUUGACCAUGUACCAUUUCUCACAAAGAGUUUUCUUUAGAGCGCUAACACUGCUGAACACUAAAUUUACUUGAAGUACUGUAGGAACAUUUGAAUGUAAUUUUGUACUUGACUUUUAAAAUACUGUGAUUAAAAUAAUUUAUAAGACUUUUGAAAUAAAUAACAUUGCGAUUAACAUUUCUCAUGGAUUUAUAUGGCAGUAAAAUAAAAAUCCAAGGGAGUGUUUUGCUUUGAAUGGUUUUAUUAUACAGCACAUUAGCAUCUCAUUUGGAACAAAUGCAGCUCAGUCGUAUGUGGCAUAGCAAGUGCAAAUGCAAAAUGAAUUUAAAACUCAUCUGUGUUAUUGAUGUUACAUUUCAAGUCAAUUGCUGACUGCAAUGAAUUGAGUUAUUACUGUAUUGUGGGAAUCAGAAUCACAUUGUUUCAUUCAUAUCUUUGUUUCUGGUUAAUCUGUAGGUUAAUUCAUUUUCUGUGUUUCUUAUAUUCUUCCAUCACCAUGCAACAAUAUACAAGUACUUUCAUUAAACAAGAAGCCUAGUAAUAAUUCUGUACAACCUUAUUCAUUACAAACUACCUAUAAAUAAGAGUCCCUAGAGUUCAAUUAAAUAAUUCACAGGCAUGAUGCUUAGCUAAUGACAUCAUUUAUUCAGUAGAAAUUUGCCACUUAGGUCAUCACUUGUAAAUCAACUUAUGGCAAGUUGGGUCACAUGUGCCUUGUCAACCAAUCAUAUUCUGGUCCUGAUCUGGCAGAAGCCACCCACUCCCAUAAAGCAUUGCAGAUUACAUGUUUAUUCCCAUGGAUGCAUUCAACUUUGCUUUUUAUCCCCUUCCCUUGCUAACUUCCCUUCAUCUCGUUGAUUCGGCUAUACGUCAUUGCUUGCAAGAGUGCUUGCUCCUGUUGGAAACUUUGCAAUAGGUUGAAUUGGAACAUCCGAAGCUGUUGAUCAUUUGAAUUUCUUAGAAUCAAUACAGUAAACGGUGUAAGAGGAAGAGGGGAAGUGCUUAGGGAAGUUUGCAAAAGGCUGUCUAAAAGUGUAGUGGAGCGCACUCUCUGAUGUGUUUUUGUAGGCCAAAACCUGGAACUAAGUUUACGUUUUACCACUUCUGGUUCCAUCACACUGAGGGUUUUUGAAUGGGUUUUUGGUUGAAAUAAGGUCUGUGGUGAACACAAGCUCAUGUUUACACAUUUUAUUCUACGGCAUAAAAUACAUAAGUAAAUACACAAGUGGUUAAAUGGGACUAAAUGGUUGUUGGGGACAUUAAAUGUCAUCACGCCAACUCAACUACUCACUAACUUAAUGGCGGUGACACUGAAGUCAUGUGACCCUGGUGUAGUUAGUUUAUAGCCUAAGUUUAGCUUUCUACUUGUCACGACUGUGCUUAAGCUUUAAAAUUCAGCUGUGUUCAUGUGUGAAGAGUUUAUGAUGAACCAAAUGUGUAAGAAUCAUAAGCUUUUGUUGGUAACAGUUUUUUUUUUUUUUGUAGUAAUCCAAAAGCCAUUGGAAACAUUCUAUUUGGCUUUUGUCGAGGGAACCAGGGUGAUGCAAACUCAUGGGUUGGCCUACAAAAAUACAGGACAUCAUCACUGCAGCACUCUAUUUCUUCUAUACCUUUGUAAAUAUUUCUGAAGUUGGGAAAAAAGAUAAUUAUACUGUUUUUAAUAAGUACAAUCAAUGACUCCAAGUCAAUGGUUUCACAUUUCAGAUUCACUAUUAUUCACAGUGCUUCAUACCUGGUUUUGUUUAAAAUCAAAGUUUAUAAUGUUGCAAUUCUGAGCUGGUUUGAUUUGGUUCAACUUAGAACUCCAUUUCUAUUUAAUCUAUGGAGAAACUGAAUGGGAAAAACUACUUCUAGAACCAAGAUGAGAUGAGAGAAGGGCCAAGAUGAGAGAAAAGUUCAAACAAGACUGUGUAACACCUGGAAGAAUCUCAUCUUUGGUCAAAUUUUUAAAUCGCAUAGUAAAAUUUAAGUUGGCUUUUUGUCCAAUCCAAUUUAUUCUUCCUUCGAUAUCCUAUUUAUAUCCGUUAGAAACAGGCAUCACGUCCUCAUGGUGCAGUAGAGCAGCCAUAUGGUGAUCCUCCUCCAGAGCACCGGAUCAGCUUCACCAUUGGUUCUCUGGCCGUCGGGGAGGUGGACGUCUGUUCAACAACCGCAACCAAAAGCACAGAUCAGCAGUGAGAAUUACAUUUGCAUGCUGUACAGAGUGAAACAUGUAUGUUUACAGUAACUCAGCAGGCUCUGAUAAGCUAUACCGAGGUUUUUAUUAUGACCGUAUAUGCUGUGAAUGUGGAGGGAGGGUUGGGGGUAGAUUAAUAGCUCAAAAUUUGUGAAACUGCUAGUUGUUACUUAGAAACAGAUGAUUCUGAAAGAAAAGCUGUUAAAUAA